CACGGUGGGGAGAGGCAAAUUAUGUGAUGACGUAGGCGCGAAGCCUAAGCUUUAUCAGCGUUGUACCAAUUUGGACGAUCCCAAUAAAUAACGGAAAGUUCUUAGUCGUUCAAAAACAAACGAGCCAUUUGAAGGAGUUCAGUUGUAGCCGUAGCCUACAGUACAAAUUGGACGAAGCACUUUAGACUGAACAAGAUGCCAGAUUCUACUAUUCCACUUCUGUGCGUCCUGGGGCUCCUCGCGCUCUCCUCUGCAUGCUACAUCCAGAACUGUCCGCGAGGCGGGAAGCGCUCUUUUCCUGAUCUGCAAAGACCGUGCAUGUCAUGUGGCCCCGGAAACCGGGGCCUCUGCUUUGGCCCCAGUAUCUGCUGUGGGGAAGGGAUGGGCUGCUACGUGGGCUCCCCAGAGGCAGCUAGUUGUGCUGAGGAGAACUACCUGCACUCCCCCUGCCAGGCCAGAGGAAGAGUGUGUGGGUCUGAGGAGGGACACUGUGCUGCACCUGGGGUGUGCUGUGAUGCGGAGAGUUGUCUACUGGACUCAGACUGCCUAGAGGACAGUACACGUCAGCCACCCAGUGAGCAGAACAGUUCCUUGGUGGAAGGUUUGGCAGGAGAUCUGCUGCAGUGGAUGCUGCAUGCCACCAGAAGGGAGAGACCUCAGUAACAAACCACUGGCCAUCCCUCACCUGAACACACACCCAGAAUAGAGCCUAGAUCAGUUUCACAUGCACUACUACUGCAAAAAACUUACACAGCAUACACACACAUCAGGACACAGGAAAGGAAGAGUGGGCUUGCUACAUAAGAAAAGCAAUCAGCUCUAGUACAUUAAAAUUUACUGUGCGUACAGUAGCCUUCAGUAAGUUUUAAUUUCUAAGGCUUCAACUCAAAUAUGCAUUGUACAAUCCACUAGGGGUGGAAGGAAUGU